AAACCGGCCAGCAAUAGUACUAAUAACAGUGUAACAGUUUGUGCAGUAAUAACAUACCCGUUCAACGUCAAACAUGGAAACCACUGAAGCCCCUUCAAAACUAAUGUCCACCCUUAAAUUAUUUAACUGGGCGGAAUACGUGGUAUUUUUUGGAAUGCUUCUAGCAUCAGCACUUAUAGGGGUUUACUACGGAUGUAGGCCAAAGAAAGAUGUCACCGUUGACGAUUAUAUGCUCGGAGGAAGGAAGAUGUCAAUAUUGCCAGUGGCUGUAUCACUCAUAGCCAGCUUUAUAUCAGGAAUUAGCCUCCUUGGUAUUCCGGCAGAAACGUUUUAUUACGGAACUCAGCUCUUCGGCAUUUCAAUGGCGGUAAUAAUCGGCUACGUUUUGCUGAACCUAUUUUACCUCCCUGUAGUGUAUCAUCUCCAGUAUAACUCUCUUUUUGAAUAUUUGGAGAAAAGAUUCAACCGCGGCGUGAGACUUCUCGCUUCAUUCAUAUUUUCUUUCUCUUUGAUACUGUACAUUCCUGUAGUGAUCUAUGUGCCAUCAUUGGCAUUCAACCAAGUUACAGGAAUGUCAGUCCAUCUGUUAUCUUCGAUAAUAUGCGCAGUAUGCAUUUUCUACACUUCUAUCGGUGGACUUAAAGCUGUUGUCUGGUCGGAUGCUCUCCAAAGCCUCUUCACAUUUUCCUCCAUUAUUGCUGUGUUAAUAUUGGGUACGAUAAGUGUUGGAGGAUUGUCGAAAAUAAUCGAAGUCAAUGACAGGAGAGAGAGGCUAGAGCUUUUCAACAUGAAUCCUGAUCCAUUCCAGAGAAAUACCUUCUGGACAACUGUGAUCGGCUCCAUACCAAACUGGCUCAAGGUCCUAGCAACACACCCAGGAACUGUGCAGAGAUACAUUUCAGUUCCAACAUACCGCGGUGUGCAAUUGGUGGCUUUUAUCAUGUGCAUUGGAAUAGUCGUCAUCAAGUUCAUCACUACAUUUUGUGGCUUGAUAAUGUACACUAAAUAUGGUGAUUGUGAUCCUUUGGUUACCAAGCAAAUACAAAAGCCAGGACAACUUCUACCAUAUUAUGUAAUGGAUGUAGCAGCUGAUUACCCAGGACUAGCUGGUUUAUUUCUCUCAGGAGUGGUAUGCACAGCAUUGAGCACUAUGUCAGCCAGCCUCAACACAGUUGCGGGAACAAUAUACCAAGAUUUCAUAAAGCCAAUAAUGCCAUCAGAUACAAAAGACAUAACAGCAAACCUAAUAAUGAAGUCUAUAGUUAUUAUAUUCGGAAUUGUAUGCACCCUGCUAGUCUUAGUUGUAGAACAAUUGGGAACAAUAAUGCAGAUAGCUAUUAGCUUGCAAGGAGUCACAAACGGAGUCGCUUUGUUUAUAUUUACUUUUGGGAUGUUUGUACCAUGGGGCAAUACAAAGGGUGUUCUGGCAGGUGGUCUAACAGGCCUCAUCACAACAUCCUGGCUAGCUACUGGAGCCCAAAUUUAUAGCCAUCAAGGUCACAUAGUUUAUGGUGCCAAAGUAACCACAGUUGAAAAUUGUCCUGAAAAUAUUACUCAAUCCCUUGGAUUAAACAUUACUCGAUUUGGAUACCCUGGGGAAGGGACGAUGGUAUUCCACUCUGACCAUGUUCCAGAUUUCUACAAAAUAUCAUAUUUAUACUAUGGUUUAUUAGGGUUCAUUGUAGCGAUGAUUGUAGCAUGUGUUGUCAGCGUAAUAACAGGAGUGCAAGAUCCAUCUGAGCUGGAUCCCAAGCUAAUCAUACCUCAGCUGAGGCCAUUUAUUAUGAAGAAGAAGAAACAAAAGCCACAGGUACAGCUCUAUUCGAUGGUACCGACCUCAGAGAAAUAAUUUUACUCAUUCUUAUUAUUUAAUUAGGAGAUCUAAAUGAAUUAUAAAUGACAUCUUUUUAUUUACAAGAUAUUAUUUAAAAAGACAUUGAAAUACCAAUACAAAAUGCUGAAGGAGUCUUCUGUGGAUUGGAGCAAUCAUUCUAAAUCUGAGUUAUGCUGACAGUUUUAAGAAAAAAGUAAUUAUUUUAACUUACAAAAGUCCUGAUUCCAAAUUGGUUUUGUGCCAACAAUAAACAUGAGAUUUGUGAACAUAAAUCUAAUUUAUGUCUGAAUGGUAAACUGGGUUUUCCUCCUUUAACAAAGCCUCAGUCAGAUUAUUCCGCUUAAAAGGUGAGGAAAAAUCAAAACAAUAAGAUGUAAUUGCUAUAAUUUACAAUCAGUUGUGACUCCUUCAGGAACAGAUAAGUUUUGACAGAAUUAUUUUACUGUUAAGGGAGUUCUUUUUUUUUUUUCUAAAGAUUGCUAAAAUGUUGACAUUUUAAACAACUACUUGACUUACAUGAACUACUGCUCAAUAAAUUUAAGUGAAUAAAACUGAUGAUUUUUUGUUGUUAUAAGUUCUACAGUAUAACUGAAACUAAACCAACAAAAGAUAAAACUCUAAGAAAAAAUAAAAAUAUUUGUUUCAAAUUACAAUUAUUACAAUAGAAUCCUUAACACUUAUCAUAUAUAUAUAUUUAAAUAUUUUUUUCUGUAAAUAUGUAGAUAUUGUCAGAAUAUAUAAGAUUAAUAAACAUUUUUUUUUACAAACUAUAUAAAUUAUAUUUUGAUUGUAACCAUAUCCAUUUCCAAACUAUCCUUCUUUACAAGUUUUUUAUUUUUUAAUUGAAAGCCGUUAUAACAUGAAAUAUCAAACUUAAUUUUGUUAGAUAAAGGAAUUUCUGUAUAACCAUCAGUUUGUUGGCAGGUAAGCUUAAAAAACACUGUAAAUGCGUCAAUGGAAAUUUGUCUAACAAUAAAUGUGUCUUUCACAAAAACCUUCAAUCUCUAACCCGAAACUGCUCUGGAUGUUUUACUAUACAGGAGUGCCCAGUACGUGGAGGGAAAUUUUUAUAGGAGGGUUAGCAGACCUCGAGAGCUACAAAAAAAAGUUCAUAUAAACAAUGGGCCAAUUUUCAGCAAAUUCACCUGAAGUUUUACAUAAGAAUUAUGUGAUGUUUUAUCUUGUCCACUAAAAGUAUCUAUUUUCAGCAAAAAUGUUUUUCCCUAAUUUAGCCUUCUGAGUUAUUCUUCUUCACUUUUCUUUAUCUUGCGCUUCUCUUUUUCAAUUGCGAAUUCCUAACUUCCGUGCGUCUCUCUCCACCUGCUUUUCGGCCUUCCAAUUUUCCUCUUCCCACUGAAGUGUGCGUUCUCUUCCAAUAUUUUCUUCUGCACCUGUUCAUUUCGACCAUAUGUCUUGCCCAUUUCAGUCUACUUGUCUUGAUAUAGUUAAUAAUGUUUUGAUUUUCUAACAUAGAAUCGAUUCUAGUUAUUUCUAGCCUCAAUUUUGAUUAUCCACUCCCCAUUAACUCUUGUAACACCAUACAUCUUUCUUAUUACUUUCUUUUCAAAUAUGAGAAGGAGUUAGUCGAGUGUGCGGUCAAAUGAAUAAUAAAUUAAAAUAUAUUAAUUAUUUUAAUUUUUGCCGUUUUCUUUUCAAAUACUUUUAGUUUAAGCCAAUCCUCUUGUGAUAAACACCAGAUUUCCACUGCAUACGUAACUACUGGUCUAAUGAGCAUUUUAUACAGCUUUAAUUUUGUAGAUUUGACAAAUAUGAAGACUUUUAAAAUGGAGAAGUUUGAGGUUUGCAUAAUAGGCUCUAUUACCAUGCACUCUAUGCUAUCACUCCUAUAAAAAUUUCUCUCUACUUACGGCACAACCUGUAUAUUAGAAAACCAUAACAAAUGUAAGCACAGAACAAUUUAAUUUUUUUUUUCCAUUUUUCUAUUUGCUUUGAUAAUUUUUUGUUAAAUAGGAGUACAGUACAGUUUUGAAUAAUUUCAUCUGAAUUAUUAAAAACAUUAUAAAAUGUCAUGAUUAAAAAAAUAACAACAGCUCUAAAAAAAUACACAAUAGAUAUCGCAUACUAGUAGAGUUUGAGACAUUACUUGGCUAGUUGUUAUAAAUAUAAAAAAUUAUGAUUUACUUUCUCCAAUUCUUUCAAUAGACAAAUUUUACUAAGUGCAACUCCAAUAAGGUGGUUAGUUGAGCACAUGGCCACAUUGUAGAGAGAGUAUCAAAAGUAAACAAGUAUUGACUAUCAUGUUCACAUGCAGUGAUUAGCUCCUUCUCGCUUAUA